UGCCACCUUUUUUUUAUUUUUAUACGCUCCUUCUCUCUCUCUCUCACCACCUUCUCUCUUUUCAUCAUGCCUGAAGCUCUUGCUUGGGAAAACCCUUCUUCCUGCUGGCCUAAUCUUUCUAAUUCCGAUAACUCGGCCGGCCAUGGUGAUGAUCAUGAUCAUCAUCUUUGUCAUCGCCAAGAACUGAAGUCGGAUAGGAAACAUAUUGGUUCCAGCUCAGAUGAUAAAGAAGAGCCGCCACCACAGGGAAAGAAGCGGGGUCGAGUAGUUCUUUCGAAAAAUGGAAAAGGGAUUAAUUGUGGUGGUGGUGGUGGUGAUCAGGUCAUGAUGAAAGAAGGAAAAUUUGGAGGUGAAUCAGACCAUGAAAUACAUAUAUGGACUGAGAGAGAGAGGAGGAAGAAGAUGAGGAACAUGUUUGCUAAUCUCCAUGCUUUGCUUCCUCAACUACCUCCUAAGGCAGACAAAUCUACAAUCGUUGAUGAAGCAGUGAACUACAUAAAAAACCUAGAGCAAACUCUCCAAAAGCUGCAAAAGCAAAAGCUGGAAAAGCUACAAAGUGCCACAGAAACUUUCAAUCACGAGCCAACGACAAUUACAACAAUUACCCCACAAAGGCUAGGCUAUGAUCAGUACUCUAGAGAGGCGUUCUUAGCAGACCAGGGUUCUUGCAGUACUGACUUGCCCACUACUAGCACCGCUAAUAUAAUCGAUAUUCCUUCUGCUUCAGCUUCACUCAUCUCCAGUACCACCUCCCACUCUCCUGUCAUGUUUCAGACAUGGACUUCUUCCAAUGUUGUAUUGAACAUCUGCGGCGAAGAAGCUCAUAUUAGUGUCUGUUCCCCUAAGAAACCUGGCCUUUUCAGCACCAUUUGCUAUAUUUUGGAGAAGCACAAGAUAUCCAUUGCCUCCGCUCAUAUUUCCUCCUCACACACUAAUCGAAUCAUGUAUAUGAUUCAAGCACAUGCAGGUGGAGGUUCGGAUCAGUUGGUAGAUGCAUUUCCUGCUGAAGAAAUAUUCAAGGUAGCUGUUGGGGAAAUAAUGUUUUGGGUGACUUCCUCAUGAUCAACCUGCUGGGGAUACAAGUAUAAUGCAACUCUAAAGAUGGGUAUCUUUGUUGAAGCUGGCAAUAUCAAUGAUGGAUUUGAUAUAAGGUUUCACUGAGAUUUCAGCUGUCGUUUUCUGUUCUUUUCUUAAUUUUGUCUUAGGGUUACAAAAUCUUUUUGAACGGGGGAGUACAUAUUCAAGCAAGUCUUCAAUAUCCAUUAUAAACUGGUCGCGUUAUGAUCAGUAAUUUUGCUUGCAGUGGCCUAUAUUUGCUCUCUUUCUCUCUCUCUCUCUCUCUCUAUAUAUAUAUAUAUAUAGUUCCUAAACUUUUUGCAAAACUUUCUAUGCACUUUAAAAUAUUAGACCUUCCUCUCUAGUAAGACAUUUUCCAUAAUUUUUUUUAACACCCCAUGAAUUAGUAUUGUUGUAACAUAUAUAUU